AAGAUUAAAUUUCUACCGCCUAGACCGAUUUUUCGUAGAAAUCAGGCAAUGGAUGUUCUCACAGUUUGCACAGCGUCUGAAAAAAUGGUAAAGUCAAACGGCAAUGAUAAAAUUAACUGAAGCCGCUUUAUUUCAUUAUGUGAAAUAAAAGAAAAUCGUGUAGACAUUAUUUCUUUUGUAAUUAAAUCACUGGUUGAAAUCCACCCUGACAUAAACAAAUUUCAUUUGAAAGUAAAGUAAUAAUACCCGAAACUAUUACUCGGCCGUCGAAAUGUGUUAUUGCAUCUUCUUUCUACGCUGCGGCGAGCAUGCACGCUAGAUUUGAAACAGUGAUGAAUAAAUCGAAGAAAUCUUCAAAAUGUAUCGUGAUAAAAAUCUUGAUGUUAAUCUCCGAGUCGCGGGGUGAACAAGCGGUACACAUCAGUCGAAGCGAUUUGUCCUUUAUGGACAUUUGCAAUUAAGUUAAUUAAUUCGCGCCCGGUUUCAGCUGCCGCUGAUUGGCUGCCGAAUGUGUAAGUAUUUUCUAAUUCAAAUCAAAUAUUUGUGUAUACACGGACAGAGAGGUUCUAGCAUAUUGGGUUUCAGUCAACAAUCGCUCAUUUUACAUUUUGACGCAUCGAUCGCCUUGUGGAAGGUUGCACAGACGUUAAUCCGGCAGAUCGACACUUUCCUUAUCGAUCUCUUCUUUGUGUAAUUCACUUUCGCCACAUCAUCCGAACGGCAUCUGAUCUGACCUCCAGACACAAACUGGCAAUAGCAAGAAGGCUGUGGCUUUGUGAAGUUCUGUGCAGCGGCUUCCGCUGGAUCUGAUAUGUGACAUUUAAGCCGCGCGAUAUGUGGUCGCGAAUGCACGAGAAUGGCUUAACCGAUCGCUUUCGUCCUCUGUAAUCCCCGCAUCCUUCGUUGAACGGCUUGUUUGUUUAGAAGUGCUCGCCAAGAACGUAAAGACAGAGUCGUCAAGGAAAGGAAAACAGCUUGCGUCAAGGCCGCCUUUUACACUUGAGCUGGGAACUGUUUAGAAACAAUAGGUUAUCUCUGUGGUGUAAUCGGUGACUUGACAGGCAGUAAUUGUCCGAGUGAUUGGCGUGCGCCGAGCUUUGCCUCGAGCGAAAUGAAUUCUCUGCUGCUGGUCAGGGAAAUCUUGGAUGACCUGAACUUUCCACUUGAUUGUGCGAUCUGAAAGGAUCACAAAGAUUCUUGCUGGCGAUCAUUCAGGCUUCUAACACUGCAGUUUAACGCAGAAGAAGCGCUGCGCGCCGCUGUGUUUGUUCAAGAACGGAGAGGUCCUUGGCUGAAGAAUGUGGUACACCAAAACGGUUUCCUUGGAAUUUAUUCUAUUCCUAUUUGUGGUUGUUCACUGCAAAGAUCCCCCUGUCCUUCUUGCACCAGUAAAGUCGCAGUAUACGGUCCACGAAGGACGAAACGUCAAAUUACGUUGCAAGUUCUCCGGAACAAAGGAUCCCCCAGAGAACAGGACCUUAACAGCGUGGCGAAAGUUACCCGAGGGGCCCUACAUCACCAACCAGUUGCCGCGUUUUAAGAAGAGGCUUCAAUAUUUGAAAAUAAAAAAGGUGGAGCCUUCGGAUGAGGGGGUGUAUGCUUGUAUUGCUUACAAUUCUUUUGGGAAAAUCAAACAGGAAAUACGUCUCGUGGUCAGAGGGUCAAACACAAAUGUCACCACAGACUCAGGAAAGACACCCAGUCCUAUCCCGAUUACACCAGUGUUGGAGAUCACUGCUAGAGAACCGCCUAUCAAAAGUACAACCGACCGUCCGAUGCGGAUUAGUGUGGGAGGGCCUUCUCAAAAACCAUUACCAUUAAUAGAUGAGUACCCACCGAAGUUCAAGGUUCCACGCAAUCGCAUUCUCGAAUACGUCAAAGGUCACCCCAUUAGACUAAAAUGUCACGCAACGGGAGCGGCUCCUCUAAAUGUCACGUGGGCAAAAAAUGGCAAGCCUUUGAGCCGGAAUCACCGGUCGCACCUGAAGUCAAAAGGCUGGGUGUUAAGCUUCAAGGAAUUGACUAAUGAUGACACUGGAACUUACUCUUGCAUUGUGAGGAACGCAUACGGUAGCAUCGACAAGACGUUUGAUGUCAAAGUUAUUGAAUCAAAGAAUGAAGUUCGUUUUCCUCCUGAAGAAAAACCAAAGAUUUUAAGGAACGUUUUAAAGAAUGAAACAGCCAUGGAAGGCGAAGACGUCACGUUUGUGUGCUCUGCAGUAGCUAAGAGUCAUCCUGAUUUUCACCUUCUGAAAUGGAAACCACCCAGGAAUGUUUCGAACGACACCGAUCCAUUUGACUUUGUCGACUUCAGAAAGUCAAAGUACCAAGAAAUACGCGAGAGUGCCAAGCAACACGUAGGUAACCGUAAACUGUACACUCAUCGCUUUAUUGUCAGAAAUGUCAUGUUGGCGGAUGAAGCCAGGUACACAUGCGUGGUGGGGAAUUCUGCUGGUUUCGUAUCCCAGAACGUGUUUCUAAUUGUCACGACACACGACGAUGAAGGUGUAGUUCAUGGUGGCAUAGGGAGCCAAUCUACAAAGACAAAGUCUCCAAGAAAAUAUCCAGCACCUCAAGAAGACAAUGAAAUAUAUAUGGAGGAAGUUCCACUUGCCGCUUUAAUUGGAGUUCCAAUCGCUGUGCUUAUACUUUUAACUGGAACUAUUGUUUGGUGCUAUUUCAUGACAAGAAGGCAUCACGCUCGCCAACACUGGGCCAAUGAUGUAGAUAACAGCCCAAAAACCACCGACUUAAGUAGUAAAAAGGACUCACAGUCGGAACUAUACGCGCCGAAAAAGGCGAUGGAAGAGAUGCGGAAUGUAAGUUUUAACGUAUAUGUUGACUGUCCGAAUGACAGAGUUUCUCACACUAAGCAGCAAUCACGGGCGCAUAAGAAAACUGUGUUGCCGCACGAGAAGUGUAAUUCAUCGCGUGUGAAAUGUGAUUCAUCACGUGUAAAAUACAAUUCCACGCAUCAGAAAUGCACGAAAUUAAAGGAUCCGCCAUUGGACGGUCUUAUUGUUCACAAUGAACCUUCAAGAACUCAUUCAAACAGAACAAAUCACCGUAAGUGCCACGAGGAACAUGAGCCCGCACGCAAUGAACCCGGUGGGUUCAAGUCCGAAAUAAAGUGUUCCGGUGUUUGAAUAGCCAGGAAAAGGUUCAAAAUGAUAGAUCUUCGUGAUGUGUUACCAGAAAAAACGGUCUGCUAUCCACUGCCUGCAAUACCUAGUUCGGUUUCAGCAGUGCUACUUGAUUUACGCUUGCCGUUCACAUAUGUCCGGCGGUAAAAGAAGCAUUGAAACAAACAUUUACCUCACACCUGAGGCCCGUUUCUCCAAAGUCCCGGUAACUUUACGGGCCCGAAGCCACAAUUUAAAAUAAAAACUUAAAUGAUAGGAAAGCAGUUUCUGGUACCCAAACCAGUCCUUUUUGUUUCGUUAGCUGAUAGUUUUAUUGUUUCAUUUUCAAAAUUUUUGAAAAAAAAAAUAAAACAGAACAGCUUUACAGGCCCGUUAAGUUACCGGGACUUUCGAGAAACGGGUCCCUUGCUAGGAUAGAGUGACGACUGGCCAAAGUCAGGAGCUCUCAAUAUGUCUGGAUUAGUUAUUACAGUAUUCACUUUCGUAUUAUUCCCAUUUCAAAGUUUAUUUAUAACCUGAAAUUAUACAGACCUGACGCUUCUGAAAUAAGGGUGGCUUUUUAUCAUUCGAUAACCCCACUUUUGGGGCCUAAAUACAGAAAUGGAAUAAAUUGUCAUGGACUUAUUCUGUAUUCA